CGUCCGAAAGAGCAGUCAUGGCAGCUUCAGACCUCUUUAAAACUUUAUUAUACACAGUCAACAAUCUCCUGCAGCAACACAAAUACAAAACUGCGCUGGCGGUCCUCAAAGGCUUCAGGAAUGGAGCUGUAUAUGGUGCUAAAAUCCGUGCCCCUCACGCCCUUGUGAUGACGUUUCUCUUCAGAAGUGGCAGUCUGAGAGAGAAGUUUCGUGCGAUCGCGCAGGCCACAUACACUCACUCCAGGAAUCUGGCCUGCUUCGUGUUCACAUAUAAAGGCCUGCAGGCUCUUCAGCAGCAGCUGCAGGGCAAACAGAUGCAGUCACACUCCUUUCUGGCCGCCUGUGUUGGAGGAUGGCUGGUGUUUGGGGAGAACAACAACAUCAACAGUCAGAUAAACAUGUACCUGCUGUCCAGGAUCCUCUUUGCUCUGUCUCGGCUGGCAGUGGAGAAAGGCUUGAUCCCGCAGCCCAGAAAAGACCCGUUCCCGCUGUUCGCCACGCUGGUUUGGGGAAUCGUGCUCUGGCUGUUUGAGUAUUAUCCUCAUACGCUUCAGCCCUCGCUCCAGUCCUCCAUGAACUACCUCUACCACGACAGCAACACGUGGCACGACAUUACAGACUUUCUCAUCUAUAACAAGCCAAAAGCCCACUGAGAGGUACUGAAGCCACACUUCCAGAGUCCUGUGGUUGCUAAAAGGGAUACAGCUGAUGUUAAUGAAAAUGGUUUAUGUUAUCUAUUAAAUUACUCAUUAAUUGUGUUAUUAACAUCUACUCCCAACCCUAAACCUUCCCCUCACAGUAAUGUAAAAACAGUAUUUGUGACAAAAGUAAUAAUUAUUUAUUAAAUUAUCGAUUAAUUGUAUUUUAUUAACACCUAUUUCUCACAGUAAUGUAAAAACUGAAAUUAUAAUGAAAAUUAUUGAUUAAAUUACCCUUUAAUUGUGUUAUUAACAUCUACCUGCACCCCAACCCUAAACCUACCCCUCAUAGCAAUGUCAAAAUGUUAAUUAUAAUGAGAAUUAUUGAUUAAAUUACCCUCUAAUUGUGUUAUUACAUCUAUCUGCACCCUAACCCUAAACCUACCCCUCAUAGCAAUGUCAAAAUGUUAAUUAUAAUGAGAAUUAUUUAUUAAAUUACCCAUAAAUUGUAUUUUAUUAACGUGUACCCCUACUCCAACCCUAGACAUGCCCCUCACACUAAUGUAAAAGUACUAAUUAUGACAAAAACAGUUUAUGUUAUUUAUUAAAUUGCCCAUUAAUUGUAUUUUAUUAACACCUAUUUCUCACAGUAAUGUAAAAACUGAAAUUAUAAUGAGAUUAUUGAUUAAAUUACCCUUUAAUUGUGUUAUUACAUCUAUCUGCACCCUAACCCUAAACCUACCCCUCAUAGCAAUGUCAAAAUGUUAAUUAUAAUGAGAAUUAUUUAUUAAAUUACCCAUAAAUGGUAUUUUAUAAUACCUACUUCUUACAGUAAUGUAAAAACUGAAAUUAUAAGGAAAAUUAUUGAUUAAAUUACCCUUUAAUUGUGUUAUUAACAUCUACCUGCACCCCAACCCUAAACCUACCCCUCAUAGCAAUGUCAAAAUGUUAAUUAUAAUGAGAAUUAUUUAUUAAAUUACCCAUAAAUGGUAUUUUAUUAACGUCUACCCUUACUCCAACCCUAGACAUGCCCCUCACACUAAUGUAAAAAUACUAAUUAUGACAAAAACAGUUUAUAUUAUUUAUUAAAUUGCCCAUUAAUUGUAUUUUAUUAACACCUAUCCCUACACCAAUCCUAACAGUAAUGAAAAAAAGCAGUAAUUGUGUUGUAAUAAUAUAUUAACUUCCGUCAGCAGCUGUAUCCCUUCUAGACUUUACUCCAGAGCCUAGCCUAAAUAACAAGCUGCAUUUGUAUUUUAUUGACAGGUUUAACAGCCUCACAUUUACCUGUGAUUCAUGUGUAAAUCAGAUUUGUCCAAGCUCAUCUGUUGUCAAAAUAGUGCAUAGUUAGAAGUUGCACAAAAUGACUUAUUUUGCACAUUGUUCAAGGGGUAGUUCACCCAAAAAUGAAAAUUUACUCACGGUUUCUUUCCUUUUAUCGAUUGAACACAAAAGUAGAUAGUUUGAAAGAUGCUGGAAACCUUUAACCAUUGACAUCCAUAGUAGGACAAAUAAAUUCAAUUGAAGUCAAUAGUUACCAGGUUUCAACAUUCUUCAAAAUAUCUUCUUUGUGUUUUCAACAGAAAAAAGAAACAAACAGGUUUUUGACAAGUGAAGGAAGAAUAAUUGAUGACAGAAUUUUCACUUUUUUGUGAACUAUCCUUUAGUCUGCUCCAAAAAUUAUGUUUGCAUAUUGGAUACAGGCAGUUUAUAAUACAGAUUAAUCAUAUUUCAUUGUGUUUCUAUGUAAUUCCUAUUAUUCACAAUGCUAGUUAGUUUGUCUACAUAAUAGAGGAUGAUUUAUUUACUUUUAUUUGUGAUUCAUAUUUAAAUCAAAUUGACUGGAAUGGAUUAUAUUUGCUCCAUUUGUUGUACAUUUACUUUCAGAUUUACUCUUGCUCAUGAUAAAUUUGAUGAAACAUCUUGUAAUGUUUGCCUGGCUCGUCACCCAAAAUCUCAAGACAUUGUGUUUGCAUUAUGAAGUUUGCUUUAAGGGUCUAAUAUUUGACACAUUGUGACAUGAUUUCAGAAUAGAAAUGCUCAACGGCUGAAGGAUUUAAUUGCAUCGCCUGUAUUUUUGACCCACAGGAAUCAUCGAUGUCUAACCACAGAAGAAGUCUUCCUGCAUUUGUGUUUUUAUACAUGUUUUGAAGUUCCACUAAAUCACUUUUACACAUUGUCAAGACUGUAA